AAAACUCCCGAGUAGGAGGAGGGAGCCUGCACACCGAGGAAGAGGAGCGAGGAAGAGCAACGCCAAAUAACCUUAACAUAACAAAAAGAAUUAAAAAAAAAAAAGAAAUCAGCAACCGAAGCAAACCGUCAAUCCUCCCAAAUCUACCCGUACUGGAAUACUCUUUUUUCUAUUGUUGAUAAUAUCCUCUAUGUGAAGAAAGUAUUUAUACUUAGCUUUUUUUUUCUAUUUGCACUAACUAACGGUACUUCAGAACUACUGAGAAUCUUUAUUUUUUCACAAAAAGAAAAAAAUAAUAUCUCACCCCGUGGAAGGACCCCUCUUCUACCAAACCAGCACUUUUGCUUUUAAGCCUGUUUUGUCCCGGUUGCUUUUUGCCUUCCUGCCACGGAGAGCAUCUGUGUUGCCAACCACGGAUAAACAAAGCAGAACCAGUGGACACACUCAAGGUCAGACACACCUAUUCUUCACACACCCGGCAAACUUCAGCAGUUAGCUAUGCAGCUUGAAAUCCAAGUGGCUCUCAACUUCAUCAUCUCGUACCUGUACAACAAACUGCCGAGGCGACGGGUCAACAUUUUCGGCGAGGAGCUGGAGCGCCAGCUGAAGCAGAAAUACGAGGGGCACUGGUACCCUGACAAGCCAUACAAGGGCUCCGGAUUCAGAUGCAUUCACGUGGGGGAGAAGGUGGACCCUGUGGUGGAGAAGGCAGCCAAAGAGAGCGGGCUGGACAUCGAAGAUGUCCGCAACAACCUGCCCCAGGACCUCAGCGUGUGGAUUGACCCCUUCGAGGUGUCCUAUCAGAUCGGGGACAAAGGGCCCGUCAAAGUCUUGUACGUUGACGACAGCAACGAAGGUGCAGCUAGUAGCGUGGGACUUGAUCUGGACAAGGAAAUCAAGAACAGCUUCAACCCCGAUGCACAGGUCUUCAUGCCCAUCAACGAGCCGGUGAACGGCCCCUCCCCGGGCUCCAGCUCGCCCUCUCCCCCUUUCGGCCACUCGGCAGCAGUCAGCCCCACGUUCAUGCCCCGCUCCAAUCAGCCCUUAACCUUCACAACAGCCACCUUCGCCGCCACCAAGUUCGGCUCCACUAAGAUGAAGAGCAGCGGACGCAACAACAACAACAACGGCGGCGGCGGCGGCGGCAGUACUGCGAACAAAGUGGCACGCGCCUCUCCCACCAAUCUGGGCCUGAAUGUGAACAGUCUCCUGAAACAGAAAGCCAUCUCCACCUCCAUGCACUCUCUGUACGGGUUGGGCCUCGGAGCUCAGCAGCAGCAUCAGAAGCCCUCGGCCCUGUCGCCCAACGCCAAGGAGUUUGUGUUCCCCAGCCUGCAGGGCCAGGGCAGCCCGAGCGCUCUGUUUCCCGGGGACAGCUCGCUCAGCCUCAGCCCGUUGCAGUACAGCAAUGCCUUUGACAUGUUUGCGGCCUACGGUGGCCUUAACGACAAGUCCCUCAUGGAUGGCUUGAAUUUCAGCUUGAACAACAUGCAGUAUUCUAACCAGCAAUUCCAGCCAGUUAUGGCCAACUAGUACACGUAAAGGUACCACCUAAGCUACUACUUCACACAGAAACGACCAGAGAUAAUGUGAGGGGAGGAAACAAAACAAAAAUGCACAUUUAAAAAAGGAAAAGUCUAAAAAAGUGUAAACAAGAACAGAAUGUCAUGGAUAAAAGGAAAAAGUGACUUGUCAGCUGUAAGAUCUGUGUUACGAGUCGAUAAGAGCUUGAGCCCGAGGGUGAUUUACUUUGCCCCCUUGAGUUAUACUUUAUUUUUUAUUUUGUUUUCCUUAAGCGAUGAAGCUUGUAGUACAAGAUGUCCAAGCUUGGUUACCUAAACUUCAACAUGCAUCAUUGUCAUUUCUUUUGCCAACCAAGCACAAAAUAUUUUUUUUAUGUGACUGUUUUAAGAUAUUAAAAAAAGAAAAAAAUAUAUAAAUACACACCACAAGUCAUGGCCUCUUUCAGUAUUUAAAAAUAACUGGACGCUGCCAGUUUUUCAAGAAAUUGGCAUAAAUAAGUGGGAUUUCCUGGUCUUUUUUCUAAUUGUAUAAUUUAAUUUAGUACAGAGUUUGUAAAAUAUCAGAGUAUCUAUUGUUUCUACGACAUGGUAUUGCAUUUAUAUCUUUUUACUACUCCAGUGAUCUGUGAUGGCUGCAGCAACUUUAUGUUUUCUUUUUUUAUUGAAAUUAUAAAAUGAAUCAUCUUUAAAAAAAAAACAUUGACUAUUCUAAAGAUUGUGUACAGAAUAUUCCGUAGUGGUGGGAUUUAAGAAUAUUUGCUUUUUUUGGAAAAAAAAACAUAAGAGUUGUAUUUUCUGUUAAGAGUUUAAAGAAUUUUGCUAUAUUAUGGACAAAAUGUAAUCGUAUAUUAAUUUUGUACCUACAUUGUGCAAUACUUGAUAAAACAAACGGUAUAACAAAGUAUUCUGAGUCAGUGUCUUACAUGUUAAGAGGGACUGAUAGUUUAUUAAGUUUGUAUUAAAACGCUUGAAAAUAA